AUUUAUCGUUGCUCUACUCGUCUGAACCCGCUGAACAGCAGCCAGCGGCAAUCAUGUCCUUCCGUGCGGGUCUGAGGGUCACAAAUUUACUUAAAAGCUCGUCUGCAAGACCAGCGAGGACCGUUGGCGUCUCUUUGACGCGUAAUAUCCAGUCCUCGCCGUCGCAGAGAGCUUCCGUGUCCCCAUUCACUGAGCCUACCUCGCCAAAUCCCACCGCGACCAAGUAUGCUGAGACAACCGAGUCGCUGCACACAUACGGGUCAUACCUUAUGCAAUGUCUCCCCAAAUUCGUGCAGCAGUUCUCCGUGUUAAAGGAUGAGCUCACUUUGCACAUCUCUCCGUCUGGCGUCGUCCCAGUCUUGACUUUCCUUCGAGAUCAUUCCCAGUGUCAGUUCAAGAGCGUCGUGGACAUCACUGCUGUCGACUUUCCAGAACGAGAGAAACGCUUCGAGGUUGUCUACAACUUGUUGAGCAUCAAGCAUGCAGGAAGGAUCCGUGUCAAGACCUACGCUAACGAAGCGGACCCUGUGCCCAGCAGUGUUCCUGUCUUCAGUGGAGCAGACUGGUAUGAACGGGAGACGUGGGACAUGUUUGGCGUCUUCUUCACCGGUCACCCCGACCUGCGUCGCAUACUGACGGACUAUGGUUUCGAGGGCCAUCCCCUCCGAAAGGACUUCCCGUUGUCGGGCUACACCGAGGUACGCUACGACGAAGAGAGGAAACGCGUCGUCUACGAGCCUCUGCAAUUGACGCAGGCAUUCCGCAACUUCGAGUCUCUGUCUCCCUGGGAACAAGUAGGGCAAGGGACAGAGCCCAUCAGGCCCGCAGAGCUCAAGCCCGUUCCUCCACCUCAAUCUGAGCAGCCUCCAAAGAAGUAGAUGUUAAUACGUUAUUGAUUGGUAUACAUA